AAGACUGCAUUCGCCGAAACCAAAGCAACAGUCGGACGGAGCUUUCAGAAUGACAGUAUGCAGAAGUGAGCAGAGCUUGUUCGUUGUACGGGCUUAUUCAACCUUCUAUGCUACAAAGCAGCUUCCUAGCUGGACCAGGUACUAAGUAAGGGAACUGCUGUGCUAUGGAAUACAGAUGUGUGAAUUCAGAUUGCUAAAUGGUGCUUGGAGGAAUUUAACAUGCUUUCCUAUAAAACGAUAUUUUAAAAGCCAGGUUCCUAACUAAAGAUGCAAAAACGUAAUAUCCAUGAAGAUCCUAUUACCUAGGAAGAAUCUGACAUUUUGCUGCAAAUGCUGUGUUGGGAUUGAUUUAUUCUUGGAGUAUUCUACAUGGCUGGCAAAGAAUAAUGUUCCAAAAUCGGUCCAUCUCCCAAGGGGUCCAAUUUUUCUUCCCGGGUGUCAGCGAGCCCUGACUCACUACAGUGCAGCUGACAGGGGCUGCCAUGCUUGUGGCACACUAAGCAAAAAACAAAAGACCUAAGGACGACCUUUGAACAACACAAAGGAUGGGUUUCAAUGUAAUUAGGCUACUGAGCGGAUCAGCUGUAGCUCUGGUAAUAGCCCCUACUGUAUUACUGACAAUGCUUUCUUCUGCUGAACGAGGAUGCCCUAAGGGCUGUAGGUGUGAAGGCAAAAUGGUAUACUGUGAAUCUCAGAAAUUGCAGGAGAUUCCCUCAAGUAUAUCUGCUGGUUGUUUAGGUUUGUCCCUUCGAUAUAACAUCCUCCAAAAACUAAAAUACAAUCAAUUUAAAGGUCUUAAUCAACUCACCUGGCUCUAUUUAGACCAUAACCACAUCAGCAAUAUUGACGAAAAUGCUUUCAGUGGAAUACGCAGACUAAAAGAGUUGAUCUUGAGUUCCAACAGAAUCUCCUAUUUUCUUAAUAAUACCUUCAGACCUGUGUCAAAUCUCCGGAAUUUGGAUCUGUCAUACAAUCAGCUGCAGUCUCUGGGAUCUGAACAGUUCAGGGGCUUAAGGAAGCUACUGAGUUUACAUUUGCGGUCCAAUUCCCUAAGAACCAUCCCUGUUCGAAUAUUUCAAGAUUGUAGAAACCUUGAACUGUUGGACCUGGGUUAUAACCGCAUCCGAAGUUUAGCAAGGAAUGUCUUUGCAGGCAUGAUCAGACUGAAAGAGCUGCAUCUGGAGCACAAUCAAUUUUCUAAGCUCAACCUGGCACUUUUUCCAAGGCUAGUCAGCCUUCAAAACCUUUAUUUACAGUGGAAUAAAAUCAGUGUGAUAGGACAAACUAUGUCCUGGACCUGGAGCUCAUUACAAAGACUUGAUUUAUCUGGCAAUGAAAUAGAAGCUUUCAGUGGACCUAGUGUUUUUCAGUGUGUGCCCAAUUUACAGCGCCUCAACCUGGAUUCAAACAAGCUCACAUUUAUUGGACAAGAAAUUUUGGAUUCUUGGAUAUCUCUCAAUGACAUCAGUCUUUCUGGGAAUAUAUGGGAAUGCAGCAGAAACAUUUGCUCCCUGGUAAACUGGCUUAAAAGUUUUAAAGGGCUGAGGGAAAAUACAAUUAUUUGUGCCAGCCCCAAAGAGCUGCAAGGGGUGAAUGUUAUUGAUGCAGUGAAAAACUACAGCAUCUGUGGCAAAAGUACUACAGAAAGGUUUGAACUAGCACGAGCUCUCCCAAAGCCAACGUUUAAACCAAAACUCACCAGGCCUAAACAUGACAGCAAGCCCCCUCUGCCCCCCACUAUUGGAGCCACUGAAUCCAGCUCUGAACCUGCGCACGACACAGAACAUAUCUCCUUCCAUAAAAUCAUAGCAGGCAGUGUAGCCCUUUUCUUGUCUGUGCUUGUGAUCCUGCUGGUAAUCUAUGUGUCAUGGAAGCGUUACCCAGCCAGUAUGAAGCAGCUGCAGCAGCGCUCCCUCAUGCGAAGGCACAGGAAAAAGACAAGACAGUCACUGAAGCAAAUGACUCCAAGCACACAGGAAUUUUAUGUAGAUUACAAACCUACCAACACUGAAACCACUGAGAUGCUGCUGAAUGGAACAGGACCCUGCACGUAUAACAAAUCAGGCUCCAGGGAAUGUGAGAUACCAUUGUCUAUGAAUGUGUCGACAUUUCUUGCUUAUGAUCAGCCCACAAUAAGUUACUGUGGAGUACAUCAUGAACUGCUUGCUCACAAGCCCUAUGACUCGAAUAACCAGGAAGAAACAGUGGAAACACACCUAGAAACUGACCUGGAUCUGAGCACAAUAACAACAGCAGCACGAAUCAAGGAACACAGUCAGCAGCUGGCUUAACUGGGCUGGAGUUUUUUUGUUGUCCUUUUUUUCCUGUAGCAGAGGCUGCAACCAAAUUCUAUGUAACAUUAUGGACAGAAGUUAGAAGACAUAUAUUAUGGAUUCUAGGAUCCCUGUUCAAAUUAAAAAUUGAUCACAAAGAUUAAUUGUUUCGAGUCUACAAUUUGUAAUUACUUAAGUUGUGCAGUAUUUUUUUGACUUCAAAGUAUGACCCUUCAAGUGAAUCUUUUUCAAAACUCAUCCUACCUACCUGUAUAAACUGUACAGAUGUAAUGUAUUUUUCAUAUUGUAAAGUUUCAAUUUCCAAGAACAGCUGGUAUGUACAGUACCAUAAUUUAAUUACAUCCUAAUUUACAAGUUUCAGUUUCAAAAGCUUCAAAUUAACAAAAGUUAUUUCUUGUGUUAUUAAGUUACUCUGUUUUGUAGGGAUCAUUUUGUUACUGCUUUUGUGCCCAGAAAACUUUAAUCUAAAAUUCUGUCCUUUGCAGAAUAUGCACCGUUUUUACUGUGUUUAGUGUGUAGAAUUUUAUCUACUGGUUCCAGAAGUAAUGCAUUAACCAAAAGGAGGGUUUAACUAUUCAGACUUCUAAGAAAUUCUUGAAAUACACAAGCAAGUUUUCUUACAAAUGAAAAUAUAAAAAAAGUAACAAUUCUCCUCAAACUUACCUGUUGCCUUGAAAUACAGUCUGAUUUCAAAAUCAGAAAAACGUAAUGGUAAACAGAUAUAUUUUAACAACAAAGUUUAUGUAUGCACUCUUGGCUGAUGCUGAUGUUUUGUAAAGUCUCACUGUUCUUCAAGACAAUAUGGACAGGAGACUUCACUAGGCAGCUGUCUUUACAAAACCUGCUGGGAAAGUAUAGCCUGCCAAAUUAGGCAUUUGUAUUUCUACUUAGAGACAAAUGGGCACAAAACCUACUUCUGUCAAAGAUAGCUGUUGAUAAAUGUGGCAACAGAAACAAGCCUUUGGAAUUAUUCUACUGCUGGUAUAUAAAUUGCUACUGAAAAGUAAGAAACCUCUACUUUGCUGAAAAAUACAGUAAUUUGGACCAAAUGGUAAAGGGUAAUAAUCCUUUAACAUUCUGAUACAUCAAGCUAAGAAACAAAAACACAAAAAAAAAAAAAAACCACCAAAAAAAAAAAAACAACACCCCAAAAUCAAAAAAGAAAACACAAAACCUUUAAAGAAUUAAAAAAAAUGUAAUAUUAAGUCUUUAACAAUUACUACAUUGCUUCUUUGUCUAGCAUUUAAUAUCUGGAUUGAAGCAUUCUUAUACCCCAUUCUUUGGUUUUAAAUCUUCAAGAAUUCUUGAUACUUUAUGAGAAUAACUUUUAUAAUACUACCCUCAUGCUGUAAUCAAUAAAAGAUUACAAAAAUUAGAAACACAUUAUAUCAUAGCAACUUAUUGAAUUAAAAAGGGAACCUGAGCCUUCCAAAAUAUAGGAGAAAAAACUUUCAUAUGGUGAAGCAACAUUUUUUUAUAAUAAAGAGAAAUUAUAUAACCACAAAUCUAUUUUUCUGAAUGUUUAUCCUACCAUAUUUCCAUGUAGCUUCAAAGCAGAAGACUGAAAUUUAAAAUUACAGUUCAAUUGUUUGUAUAAAAUAUAAAGCAAAUAUAAUGAAAAAUAGCUUCAAAAUAUUGUUAACAAAUUAUUCUGCAUUCACUAUCUUUUAAGUGGAAACAAAGUAUCAAAACA